AUGGAACUUAAUGAGGAACUUAUCCGAUUGUCAAUAACUUGGGUCGAGAUGUGGAGUGAAUGUCUAGAGGAUGCAAGUCGAGUCUACUUCGGUGAAAAAGAUAUUGCCAAGAUGUUUCGCCUUUUGCAUCCAUUACACACAGUAAUGGAUCGUGGUCACGAGACAAUCAAUGAAGCUGCCUUCUUGCAAGAGUAUUAUAAUGAAUUGACUAACUGUCGCUUCUACUGCGAGCGCCACGAGAAGACUCAAGCCAAGGUGGAUCUACAACAAGCUUGGGAAGGCUACUAUACUCUUUAUAGACGCGUUUGGCAGAGGCCCAACAUCUUCCAUUCUCUGAUUUGGAAAUUUUCCAAGCAGGCAUCUAACAUGAACUCUUUGGAGCUUACAGUAGCUUCGCCUCGUUUACAAAGAUACGGUCGCGACUGGCGCCUCGCGGUACCUGGAACUUAUGAGCCUCAUCGCCCCCUUGUCCGGAUCGGCGGCAUCAAAAACCUACUCACUUUCAUGACUUCCAAACAACAUCCUAGAAAAUUGACCAUAAUUGGUAAAAAAUGCAAUUUGUGUAUGUACAAUUAA